CUUUUCACAAUUUAAUUAAUAAUGAAAUACUCCAGUCUUGUGGUCAGAGGCAGCAUGAGGACUCGCUCCAGGAUUAUUUGUCUUUCUUCUUUGUUAGUGUUUAUUCUACUAGUGGGAACGCUGUACUUGAGCAGCCUCAAUAAAUCCACUACUUGGAUAACAAGACAGAGUAACAGCCUGCAAUCUACCAGAAUAGGAGAAUGGAUGCCGACGGCAUUACCCCACCAUUCAAAGCAAGGAUCCAACACGGGGCUAGAACAAUUACCGGGUACAACUUUUGACUUGAAAUCCGGUCGACACGUACUCGUGUACAUACACAUACAGAAGACUGGUGGAUCCCAUUUCAUAAAGAGUAUAGUCACAGCAAAAACUACUGGAGGUGAGCCACUCUGCUACAAGCCAACGCAAGACAUCAAGAAGAGACUAAAAAAGAAACGUGACAUUUCAUUUUGCCCCAUAUCCACUCCCACCCAGUCAGAGCCACCACAUGACCAUGUCCCAGAGAUGUGGAUUGUAUCUGAGAAGACGUACGGCUGGGUAUGUGGCCUACACGCUUUCUAUACAGAAAUGAAAACAUGCGUGGGACGUUACCUCAAACAUGUGUAUGGGCCUAGGGAGCGUCAGUUUUAUUACACGACCAUCAUUAGGCAUCCGGUCGUCCGGUACGUCAGUGAGUUCCUUCACGUCCAGAGAGGAGCCACUUGGAUGUAUACUCAUAUCUGUGGACGUAACGUGAAACUGGGAGAGAAGAUCAAACAACCUUGCUACGAUGGCUACUACGAAGGAGCAAUGUGGAAGAAUGUGACACUAGAGAAGUUCAUGGCUUGCUCCGACAACUGGGCCAGUAACAGGCAGACUCUCAUGCUAGCCGAUUUAGAAGAUGUUGAUUGCUUGUCAAACAAAAGAAUGUCUAAGAAAGAGACUGAGAAGCGGUUGCUCGAGUCGGCAAAGAAAAACUUGGAGUCUUUCGAGUUUUUUGGCAUUUCAGAGUACAUGGUAGAAAGUGGGAAACUCUUCUCUGAUCAUUUUUCUGUCAAGCUCUCAGAUCCGCCUCAACAAAAGAAGGUCCUUCACCUCCACACAGGCCCACUUCUUUACAAAAUAUGGAAAGACACUGGGCUCUAUAAUGAAAUUCAACGCAUCAACAGGCUGGACAUGCAACUCUAUCACUUUGCACUAGACUUAUUUGAACAAAGACUCAAAAAAAUGAACAUUACAAUCAAUCGUACUAAGUUAGAUAUGGACAUUUAUUCCUUGCAAGAUAUCAUUAGUAGAGCAUAUUAAAAGAGAAACUUUUUAUGUUUAUGCACUCAAGUGCAU